UUUAUUGUCGAGGAUAUUGCUGCAACAAGCUAGCAGCUUCAUAAAAGAGGCGAAGUUUAAAAAAUGACCUCCACCGGCUUUAAGAGUUGGCUGACGUCCAGUUGUGGCCGUGCUGUUCAGACUUUCUCAAGGGGUAGACUUUCUAUGUGUCUGCGUGUGUGCAGGGGCAGUCAGGGAGAAAGGAACAGUCCCGGUUCCGAGUCCCCGUCAGCACAGCGCUGCCCUAGGCAGGUGUGUGUCCAGGGCCUUGAGCACACCGUGCCGUUUUCGACCACGUAACACAGCUCCGAUUGUUACGGGAAACCAGGUAGCGACGGCACCAAGGCAGCCCUUGCUCUUUGCAUUGCUGUUGGGUCCUUUACAUUGAACAGGCAGAGAGGAACUCCGCUUACUGUAUUCCAACAGACAGCAUUCAAGGUUCGACCUAGAGACGACUAGCUACUCUGCACGGUGCCUGCUCCUCCUAGUAACCCAGCUGCAUUCACAACAGCAGAGGUUUGGAGCUGUCUCCGCUUCUCAGUCCAUGGACCUACAGUCCCAGCCGCCCUGAUUGAAGAGGAAGAUGAGGAGGGGGCUGCAGGAGACUCGCCAGUCCAUACACCUACCACUGGCCCCACUCUGAGGCAAAUGGAGAUUGAAACAGCAACACAGGAGCCAGGGAUCAAUCCUGGCACUCCUGCAGGAGAGAGCAAAGACUCUGAAGCUAUGCGAGAGGAGGACACGGUCAGUGAUGUGCAAGAAAUAAACUUACCUCCUCCCAGUGAUGGAGCAAGUCCAGAAAUUCAGGAAUGGAAAGGAUUAAAAACUGUUGAGCUGAAAAUGACUGCUCCUGAAGAAACAAAAGAAAUGGAGAAGACCUCAACACCUUUGCCCACCAGUAUAACUUUUUCAGAAGGGGAAAAGGAAGAACCACCGACUGUCAUCGGUGAAGAUUUAGCACAUGAUGAUGGUCCUGAAAAAGAGGAAUUUUCAAAUGGCCCACCAAUCAUAGAACUUGGGACACCAGAGAGGCAAGCGUCACCCAUCAACGAAGAGAAGGUUGACGAAGAGGUUGAAGAUGAACAAGCAUCUUUUGAUCAAAUGGAACUGGAAUACAGAUAUCAAGCAUUAUUUGUGGAACGGCAAACAUUGAGAAACCAUAAUACCCAAGUACAGAACAAAUUAGCAGACUACUAUCGAAAGAAGAAGACAGAGGAAUCAAAGGUCGAAUUAAAGAAAGCCCACUCAGACUAUGAACAACGAUAUGUGAAGUUCAUGGACUCUCUGGCUAAAUUGCAGGCCAAGUAUAGGGAGGAGGUUGAGUCCUACCAGGAACAGAUCGCUGAUCUCUCUGCUGAAUGUGAGGAGAAGCAGCAGCUGACAGAGUAUGCGUGGAGAAUGUUCAUGUCUAGGAAGAGAUCUGUGGCAAAGACUAUAAUAAACAAACGGCCAGGGAGACAUGCAGCGUUGCUGGAGUUGGAACGCAUUCAAAAUACUGAGGAGCAGAAAGAGAAAGAGAUGAGGCAAAUUCGAUUUCAGACUAUCAAGAUGAAGAAUAAACUGAAGUAUUAUGAGCACCAGCUGAAAGCGAAGGAGGAGCUGGCAGGUGGAUUAAACCUCAUUGACUAUGAGCAGCUGAAAAUCGAGAACCAGUCUUACGGUGAGAAAAUUGAGGAGCGCAAUGAGGAAGUCACAAAGAUGCGGAAGAAGAUUGCAUUUACCAUUGGCAUGAUGACCCACAUCAAGGAGAAGCUGGAGUAUGUGGAGGCUGAGAAUAUAGAGAAGAAAACCCAGCUCAUGGACCUUGAGGCCAUCGUGGCCCAGGUAUCAGGAUGGGGAUGGACGGGGGCCACUCGGGAGGUGUUGAGGAAACGGGAAAUCCUGACAAAAACCAAACAAGCACGGGACAGAGUCCGGGCAGCCAAUUUCAAACUGAAGGAGAAGUGUGGCCUCCUGUGCAACAAAGUGCUGCUUCGUGACUAUGAGGAUAAUGUAGACACCAGCGAUAGACUGCAGCAAAAGCUGGAGGUACUGAAACGGCAGCACGCUGAUCUGACACUCGACUCCUAUGGUAUCAAGAAGAAAAUUGAGUGGGUGAAGACGGGACAGUUACAGACUCAGUAACAGCCCCUUCAGGGGAGCGUUUACAUUUUAUUCUGUUAUUAUAAAUAUUAAAUCAGCUGGCAUCUACACAUUUGUUUUACCUUUUGUUGCAGUAAGAAACAGACAAGGGGCAGCUUGUAUUGAUGUGGUAAGCCACGAGAUGAGCACAGCUACCAGUGAUCAAACUCUCUCUAUUUGUAGACGGGGAAACAAAUAACACAAUCGCAGCCCAUCUACAGUUUUCUAACCUCAUUAUCCGGCUCAAACCCAGCAUAAAACGUAAAGCUCAUUCGUAAACUUCAGUAGAUGUGAAUGUGAUUACUUAACACAGUGCUCGUUCCUACUUAACUAUAGUUACUGAAUCAACUCAUUGACAAAUUACAUUCUACCUCUCCCAUCUUACAGGAGAGAAUAUCAAUUGAUAGUUUUACAGAUUAAAUACAGAUGAGAUUGCAAAGAUUAACUUUUGACAUUAGCUAUAAGUAGCAGUUAACCACAAAACAAAAUGUCACAUCAGCAACAUGAACAUAUUUAAACUAAUAGCGCUCUUCACAAACAUUGUCUAAAAACUGACAGCGACAUUUAAUAUUUCUGGCUGAUGGAAUUGAACAGGAAUGUGAAUUACUGUACACAGUAGCUCUAAUAGUAAUCUUGCUUCAUCUGCUUCACUGUAGUUGCUGUAUCAGCUACAAUGUAGGCCAGUCACUGAUGCCUAUGUAGCAUUUCCCAGUUUCAGACGAUACCAUACUGAGCCAGUUCAUGCAGCUCCAAGUGGCUGAAUGCCUCCCAAGGACAGAUCACCGUGAUAUCUGUAAAAAUUAGAGGGUCUAUUAACUGGUCUUUUCUAUCAACUUCUCCAUGUUGAUUUUUGAAAGCACCAACUCUGAGGUACAGGGCUCCGUAAGUGCCUUGUCCACGUGGUUAUUAAACAUAGUUGUGUGCAAGUUCAGCACUUGCCGCCCCUGUGAGAUCAGAUUAAAAUUCAGUGCUUUUGAGUGAGUGGUUAGGAAUGACUUCUUUACAUACCUGUGCCAAGGCCCUCCAUGCCAGGAAUAUCAUCUCCAAAUCUGCAGAAGAAUGAGAAUCAGUGUCUGAAACCCCACUUAGCACAAAG